AUGCUCUUGGAUACUUUUGAUCAAACAAAUAUUGAAGAUAUUGCUUGUGGAGGCUACAAUUCUAUGAUUUUGACAAAAAACAAAGAGGUGUACGUGGGUGGUGUGGGUAGAAAUGCUCUCAACCCAAACAACUCUGGUGAAUAUUCCAAGUUAGAAUGGGCUCAGAUUUUAAAACAAGUUUACACAGGAUGUACUUUUAGCAAUUCCAACGUUUCCAUGCAUAUGGGAAACACCUUUUACGCCUUGCACAUUUCCAAAAACACAUCUGUUUUGAGAUUUUUCAAUUUUAGAAAUAUUUGGAAAGUGGCAGAUGUUGUUUUUCAGUUUGAAUAG